UUUAAUGUUUACCCGAGUCUCGACUUUUAUCUAUGGUUUUUCGCUUCGCUUUCCAUAAUUUGUGCAGUUUAUUGGUUACCGCCAAGUAUAAUAUUAUUGUAAUUGAAUUAAUGGUAUUUUAAAUAAAUAAGAAUAUUAUUGUAAAGCUUCUUCUAGAUUAUCAAAUUAAUAUACUUUAGGAACUAGACAAAGAAGAGAGUGAAGGAAACCUCUUGUGCAUAGGUUAUUGAGAAUGUCUACUGAUUUUUACAUACGUUAUUACGUGGGCCACAAAGGCAAGUUUGGUCAUGAGUUUUUGGAGUUUGAAUUCAGACCUGAUGGUAAACUCAGAUAUGCAAAUAAUUCUAAUUAUAAGAAUGAUACCAUGAUUCGGAAAGAAGCGUACGUACAUCCUUGUGUCAUGGAGGAAUUGAAACGUAUAAUAGUGGAUUCCGAAAUAAUGCAUGAAGAUGAUCGACUAUGGCCACAACCAGACCGUGUCGGCAGACAGGAACUAGAGAUAGUGAUUGGAGAAGAACACAUUUCAUUCACAACAUCAAAAACAGGAUCCUUAGUGGAUGUAAAUCAAUCUCGAGACCCCGAAGGUCUCAGAUGCUUCUAUUAUUUGGUCCAGGAUCUAAAGUGUCUUGUAUUUUCUUUAAUUGGUCUGCACUUCAAGAUCAAACCCAUAUAGAGAUGUAUUUUUGUAUUAAGUUGAAUUAAAUAAUAUUUGUACUCA